UUUGCAGCUUUGCUCUCGCCUGCUCUGCUGUAGGAGCCAGCCUGGGCUUCCAGCACGGUGAGGAAUACGCUGUGAGCGGCUGCUUUCCCUCUCGUUUCCCUGCAGGUGACUCAGAAACUUCACAAUGCGGCUGGAAGAACUCAAAAGGCUCCAGAACACCUUGGAACAGGUCAAUGAUGGCAAAUAUUUACUUCAAAGCCAUCAGCUUGCCAUGGAUGAGGAAAAUAACAUUGAAAAAUAUCCUAUCAACUUACAGCCCUUGGAAUCAAAAGUGAAAAUCAUUCAGAGAGCAUGGCGUGACUACCUGCCGCGGCAGGCCCUGCCCCACCAUGACCCGCUGGGGAAGCGCAGCCCCUCGCCGCCGUCCCUUUCGUCUGACAAGCUCAGCAGCUCCAUCAGCAUGAACACCUUCUCUGACAGCAGCACGCCGGUGAAUACAGUUGAACGUGCAGCUGCGUGUUCAUCCGGGGUUAGUGACACACAGGUCUUAGCAAGGUUGGAUGAUGGACAUAGCUGGUGA